AUGAGUCAACAAGUGUUUCAGCUGAAUAACGCAGUAACGGUAACUCAAGAAGAAAUCGAUCAUUGGAAUGAAAAGUUAAGUGAAUUGUCACCUGAAGAAAUUAUACGUUGGGCUAUCGUUACUUUCCCACAUUUAUUUCAAACCACUGCGUUUGGCUUAACUGGGUUGGCUACUAUCGAUAUGCUUUCUAAGAUUAAUCAAAAUGAAACAGAACCAAUCGUUCCAUUAAUAUUUAUUGAUACAUUGCACCAUUUCCCUCAGACGUUAGAGCUUUUGAAAGUGGUAGAAACUCGGUAUUACAAGCCAAGAGGACAGAAUGUCAAUGUAUAUCAGCCGAAAGAUUGUGGUUCGGAGCAAGAAUUUGCUGCCAAAUACGGUGAUUUCUUAUGGGAUACAGACGAUGAUAAAUACGAUUUCCUAGUCAAGGUGGAACCUGCUCAUAGAGCUUAUAAGGAAUUGCAAGUGACUGCUGUAUUCACUGGUAGAAGAAAGAGUCAAGGUGGUGCAAGGUCGAAUCUGAAAUUCAUCGAAUUGGACGAAUUCAAUCAUAUCAUCAAGAUCAACCCGCUAGCGAACUGGGACUUCAACCAAGUGCAAAGUUAUAUCCGUGAUAAUAACGUACCUUACAAUGAAUUGCUAGAUCUAGGAUACCGGUCGAUUGGUGAUUAUCACUCUACACAACCUGUUCAAGAAGGUGAGGAUGAGAGAUCAGGCAGGUGGAAGGGUAAGGCAAAGACGGAAUGUGGGAUUCACGAGACAAGCAGAUUUGCACAAUAUCUCAAACAAAGAGAAUGA